AUGGGUAGGGACACUCUUGCUGACAUAAUAACCUCUAUACGAAAUGCGGACAUGGAUAGAAAAGGAACCGUUCGAAUACCAUCUACUAACAUCACCGAAAACAUUAUUAAAAUACUUUUACGAGAAGGUUUUAUUGAAAAUGUGAGGAAACACCAGGAAGGCGAUUUUUUUUUUUUUACUUUAACCCUACGACAUAGAAGAAAUAGGAAAGGACCAUGUCGAACGAGUCUAAAUUUAAAACGCAUCAGUCGCCCUGGUCUACGAAUCUAUUCUAACUAUCAACAAAUUCCGAGAAUUUUAGGUGGAAUGGGGAUUGUAAUUCUUUCUACUUCUCGGGGUAUAAUGACAGACCGAGAGGCUCGACUAGAAAGAAUCGGUGGAGAAAUUUUGUGUUAUAUAUGGUAA